AUGCCCUUCGGGCUAACUAACGCGCCAGCGACGUUUCAGAGAGCAAUGGAUAUCCUGCUCUCUCCCAAGUCGUGGGAGGAGCACAUCGUGCACGUGGAUGAAAUACUUUCUGUAUUGGAGAAGGCAGGUGUGAAGCUCAAGCUUCGCAAGUGUGAAUUUUUCGUCGAAAAGAUCAAGUACCUGGGCCAUGUCGUUCGGCCAGGUACAUUGGAAGUGGACGCUGCGCGAACCGUCGCAUUGGAACAAGUGCCGUACCCUCAAACGCAGACCCAGCUCAGGAGCUUCUUGGAACUUUGUGGUGUCUACCGCAGAUUCGUUCCGCAUUAUGCGAAAAUCGCGCAUCCGCUCAAUCAACUGUUGAAGAAGGGACAACCGGUCCACGACUACCAAAUAAGCGCUGCACUAUUUCAAACACACUCGGAUGCGCAACGCAAACCCAUCGGGUUCUUUUCGAGAACGUUAACCGCAGCCGAGAGAAACUAUUCUGUAUCAGAAAAAGAAUGCCUAGCCGUAAUUUGGGCCGUACAGACUUUAAGACCAUAUCUAUAUGGCGAGCACUUCAUUGUGCAUACCGGCCAUGCCUCAUUGAGGUGGUUGAUGAACGUAACUGACCCCAGCGGGAGAUUAAUCCGAUGGAGGCUCCGCCUCUCGGAAUUCGAUUUCGAAAUCAAGUACAAGAAGGGCAAGGCGAACAGUCAAGCUGAUGCCCUGUCAAGAUUACGGACCGCAGGAGAAACCGUCGAAGAAAUCGACGACGAAAUCCCAUGCUUUAUGGCCGAACCGGCUGAGGCUGUCACUCCGGAGGAGCUCAUUCGCGAGCAAGCCGUCGACCCCUUCUGCAAUCGCAUCAAGGAAGAAAUGGACGCCGGAAAGGUGAGAACAUUCAGCAUGAAGACCGAGGAACUCGAAGGAACUCUAUGCCGUACCGCGGCAGAGUUUGUACAAGUGGUAAUACCACAAUCGUUAAGGGACCGCGUCCUAGGGUUGAGCCACUACGCAAAAUUGGCAGGCCACCCGGGAGGCAGGAAACUUUACAAGACUUUGAGAAGAUAUUUUUAUUGGCCUACGAUGGCCUCAGACUGCUAUGCAGUCGCGAAGAAUUGCGCCGCAUGUGCGCGGGAGAGGCUAAUUACAACUAAACGAGGAAAUCAGUACAUUCUCGUGAUCAGCGAUCGAUACUCGAAACUGGUACGAACCGUACCGUUGAAGAAGAUAUCAGCUGCGCACAUCGCACAAGCCUUCGUUCACUAUUGGGUAUUCGUGUACGGACCGCCGGUCAAGCUGCUGUCCGACAUUGGAACACAGUUCACGACCCGGUUCUUUCAGAAUGUCUGCCGAAUUCUCGGCAUACGCAAUGUGUUCACGACCACGUACCACCCGCAAGCCAGCGGCCAAGUUGAGAGGUUUAACCACACGCUGACUUCUGCGUUGCAAAAAUACGUUGGAGAGCAUCCCAAGGACUGGGACCUAUUUAGCGACGCUGUGACGUUGGCAUACAACACGCAAGUUCAUCGAACUACGAAUAUGGCGCCCUUCGAGCUGGUGUUAGCUCGGGCGCCGAGAAGCAUUGCGUUACAAGCACAGCCAAGUUUAGAAGGAUUUAGCUCGAAUCGAGCGUACUACCUGAAAUGGCAGUCGUGGUUGGAAAGCCUGAUGAAAGGCGCUGAUAGGAGUUUGCGAAAGGAACAAGCCCGGUACAAGCGAAAUUUCGACGCACGCCUUUGCAAGCCGCAAUAUGAGAUCCCGCCGUGGUCCUACGUGUUCCUUCGGAAGGAGCAGGGCACGGCUAGCGAACCGAAACACAAGCUGGCACAAGUCGCCACAGGACCUUAUCAUGUCCAAAGAUCGGAUCAACAUAUGGUAGUCAUUGCCAUUGGCGAUCAGGAGGAAAGCGUAUUGCGAGACAGGGUGGAGUUAGCCCCAAGCCCGAUGGACUAUGCGCCGAUAACUGGCCUACGGCAAGCGCUACAGUUCCUGGGAGAGCCGAAGCUAAACGAAGAAGGAGAGGUAAUGGAGGACGAGGAACGUCCUCACACCCGUGCGACUACAACGGGGGACCACGAUAAUUUAGUUGGUCGAACGCCGACAACGGAGACACCUCCAGACCUACGCGAGUUCGGAAAGUCCAGAGAAGAGGAUGAGUUGGAAGAUCUUCGGAAGGGGGAAGGACAGUUGGACACGCAGGAAGAAGAAACCGAGAGUCAGGAGUAUGUGAUCGACAAGAUCGUGGACCACAGCUACGACGAGGAGAAAUUAAUUCUCAAAGUGAGGUGGUAG